AGAAAAAAGUGGAGAAAAGGAGAAAGAGAGCGAGAGAGCGCAGGCUGGGGGGAUGUGUAAAAGAAGAAGCGUUGCUAAUUUUUUUUGUUUGUUUGCUUUUCCAUGCAUGCAUAAUGAGGCCUAAUCAGAGCACGUUGCUGCUGCUCGGAGGGCACUUUUGUAUUUAAAGCCUUGCAAAGGAAAAAAGAUCCACAGACGGAUCAGCAGAGCAGCUUGCAGGGCUUGUUGACAACAGAAGCAGCAUCAGUCGCCCAGAGAGAAAGAGACCCUGAAGGCUGCCUCUUCUCCUCUCCCCGUGCUAUCUUCUUGCUAGCGGGGAGAGAUUUCUUCUCCCCGCCACCCGAGAGUGCAACCCGUACCGAGAGGGAGUGAGCGGAGCCGGGACUGUGAAUGGGAUCGGAGCGGCUGGCAUGUGCAGCGAUGCUGCGAGCGGAGAGUUAAAAGCUCUCGAGGAGGCAGCAGCAGCAGCGGCAGCAGCUGGGCAUUUAUUUUGUGAAAAAAAAAACAAAAACCAAAAAAAAAAAAAAAAAAAGAGAGAGAGAGAGAGGAACGGAACUGCAUGAAGAGCAGGGCAGCACCAUGAGCUUUCCCGGCGCAGCCUGCAAGUCCCCGAGCGCACUCCGGAGCCGCUCUCCUCCAAGCCCCCGUUUGCACUGAUCCCCCCCACUCGCCUCUCCGGGCGCCUUCGCCGCCGCCGAGCCGGGAGCAGCGGGUUGCGGGGGGGGCACGGGACGGCCCUGGGCGCCUGCUUCGUACCGCAGCCCCGCCGGUUUCAGCUCCCGGGGACCGGAGGGCCUCGGGGCCGGCGCGGAUGGAUUGAUGCGAGGAGACCUCAUGCACACGGCCGGCGGGAGUCUUGCAAACUUUUCCACGGGCGGCAGCUCCUUCUCCUCGUCCUCCUCCUUCUCCUCGUCGACUACCGGCGCCUCUCCCCCGCCCGCCCGCGGCCGCCGCCGCCCGCGAUGGUGGCCCGCUCGCCCGCUCGGCAGGGAGGCGGUGGCGGGCGCCGCUGGCCGCGGCCGGCCGCCUGGCUGUGGCUGGCGGCGGCGCUGGGCGCCGUGUGGCCGCUGCGGGGCUCGCUGGUGCAGGGCCGGCGGCUGAUCUGCUGGCAGGCGGUGCUGCAGUGUCAGGGGGAGCCCGAGUGCAGCUACGCUUACAACCAGUACGCCGAGGCGUGCGCCCCGGUGCUCCUGCAGCCGCCGCCGGCGGCAGGCGGCGGGGACGGACCGGCGGGCGCUGCAGGCUCGGCAGCCUCCUCCAGGCGGCGGUGCCCCAGCCACUGCAUCGCGGCCCUCAUCCAGCUCAACCACACCCGGCGCGGCCCGGCGCUGGAGGACUGCGACUGCGCGCAAGACGAGAACUGCCGCGCCACCAAGCGCGCCAUCGAGCCCUGCCUGCCCCGCACCAGCAGCCCGGCGGCCGGCGGCGGCCCCGGCGGCGGCGGGCCCGGCCCCGGCGGCCCCGGCGGCCCCGGCGGCGGCGUCAUGGGCUGCACAGAGGCGCGGCGGCGCUGCGACUGGGACAGCCGGUGCAGCCUGGCGCUCAGCCGCUACAUGACCUACUGCGGGAAGCUGUUCAACGGGCUGCGGUGCACGCCGGAGUGCCGCGCCGUCAUCGAGGACAUGCUGGCCGUGCCCAAGGCCGUGCUGCUCAACGACUGCGUCUGCGACGGGCUGGAGCGGCCCAUCUGCGAGUCGGUCAAGGAGAACAUGGCCCGCCUCUGCUUCGGCGCGGACAUGGGCGGCAACGGCGCCGGCAGCAGCGGCGGCUCGGACGGCGGCGUGGAGGAGUACUACGACGAGGACUACGAGGAGGAGCCGAGCCAGAAGGGGAGGGACGACGCGGAGGACAAUGCGGGCUCCGAGCCCGGCUUCCCCGUGCAGGCGGAUGGCGCCGGCCGGCCCGCCGGGGCCUGGGCGCUGCUGGCCUCCAUCUUGCUGCUGCCGCUGCUGCCGCGGCUCUAGCCUCUCCGCUCCCGCUCCUCCUCACUCGGGCCGGGCCGGGCCGGGCCGGGCCCUCCGCACCGCACCCGGCGCGGCCGCAGGGUGCCCGGCCGCCGGGGCCCCGCCGCCCCCGGCCCCCGGCCCGCGGCCUUGCGGGCCGGUCGCCGGGGCGCUGGCCGUGGCGGAGGAACGGAGCGGAGCGGGCCGCUCGAUUUUCGGGUGUUGGUCUCGAGUGUGCACUAUGCAAUUGCUGCCACCCUCCCUUCGUCUUAGCAGCGAGCGGGCGGACGGACAGUGCGAGCGGGGCCGCGGCCCGCUCCCCGCCGCAGCCCCCCGGCCGCCCCCCCGCCGAAACCAGGGGCAGCGGCACGCCGGUGGUGGCUUCUUGGUUUUGUUUUGGGUUCGUGGGGGGGGUUUGUUUUGUUUUGUUUUGUUUUUUGGUAAGCGUUCUGACAUGAAGGUUAGAGAGAGGUGAGCUACCCAGACUCGCUGCCAAAGCUGUUGCCGUGCUGGUUAGUCAGCCGCUUGAUUGUCACUCGCCAAGUGUCGCUCUUCCCGACGCAGCGGUGCCCGAAGAGGGGUUACGGCGCAUCUGGCCGUAAUUAAAUUUAAGGAAAUAGCAGACUGAAUAAAUUCUGUGGUUUACAGCACUCCCUCUUGCACAUGCAUCCUCCCUAUAACAAAAGCGUGCCAGCAGCCGUCUCUUCCUCUUUAACCUAGCGACAUUAAAAAGAAAAACCAGAGUUUGUUGUUUGUUUGUUUGUUUGUUUUUUUACAGAGUUGUUGGCUAUACUGAACAAUGCAACUUUUGUUUUAAAAGAGCUCUGCACUGCCAUCUUUGAAAGACACUUUUAAACUCGAGACAUGUAUGUACAAAUAUCCUGAAAAGUUAUAUUGCCUCUCGUCAUAUCAGGGUGCUGACCUCUGGUAAAUCUUAUAUUAAAAAAAAAAAUGUAUUUAAAACUGGGAUUUAUUACCAGUCGCUCUUCUUUGUAUAUAGAAUUUUAUAAAUUGUAUGCUUUGGGAAUAAUUUAUUUAAAAAAAAAAAAAAGUUUUAAAUCCACAUCCUAUUUGCCAGAUAAUUGCAUUUACUAUUCUUUCCUGGAAAGGUACAGAUUUCAUUUUAUGUUUAAUGGGGAUAAGAGCAACAGUGAUUCAGUGAAGUGUGCUCUAGAACAUCAAAUGUAUAGUGUAUUUUAUAGAUUGGAAGUUAACUUUCUUAUUUGGAGAGACUUUAUGAACGUUGUAGAAUUGUAUAAACGCAUUUCUGAGCUGCCUUAAACCUUGUAUUUUUUACAGAAGGCGUAAAAAAGGCCUGUGUUUUAAGUAUGUAUGGCUUUUUGUGUUUUCUGAACGUGUAAAUUAGUAAAGAAAGAGCUUUAAAUAAUGGAUGUAGUGAAAUUGUUUUCCGGGGACACUUGAACUCGCAGCAUCUGAGGUUAGAGGGGGGUUGGGGAGGAAGCAAACCACAGAAUAACAAACCAAAAACAAUCAACAAACAAGAAUCUCUGUCUGCCUGUAAUACUUUACAUAGAUGUAAAUUACUGCUAUUCUUACUUUAAUGAAUAAUUACAUGCAAGAAGUAAAUACAGCUUUGAAAGUA